AUGUCAUCAUCUAGGUGUAGGCAAAACUCUAUGUUAGAUGAAGAUUGUGAAGAAAUCUCUCCAUUUCCAAUGCCCAUGAAUGAAGAUGCUACUGGCAGUAAAAAACAAUGUACAAUGACAAACAAUGCAAAAAGAAAUAGACCUAUCGGGAUUGGUGAUUAUUUUGCUCCAAGGACUACUCUUGGGUCUCAACCCUCAAUUAAGAGUGUUUUACAUGGAAAAGAAGUCACGUGGAGAGCAGACAUGCCUUUUGUGGAUGCUAUAAUUGCAGUUGGUCCUGGGUAUAAAGCUCUAACUUAUCAUGCUAUGCGUGGAAAUUUACUGAGAGAUGCUAAGAAGGAAGUCCAGUUAUUUGUUGAUAGUUAUAGGAACACUUGGAAAGAUGUUGGAUGUACAUUAAUAGCUGAUGGUUGGACUGAUAAUUCACAUAGGUCACUAAUUAAUUUUCUUGUGUAUUGUCCUAAAGGAGUUUGCUUUGUGAAAUCAGUGAAUGUCUCAGAUGUUGUAAAUGAUGCUGAGACAUUGUUCAACUUGUUUGAGGAAAUAUUUUUAUGGAUUGGACCAAUUAAUAUUGUCCAUGUUGUCACUGACAAUGGAUCAAAUUAUAAGGCUGCUGGAAGAAUGUUGUGUGAGAAAUAUAACAAUAUUACUUGGUCGCCUUGUGCAGCACAUUGCAUAAAUUUGAUGUUAAAAGAUAUAGCUGAGAUGGAUCAUGUAGUUUGCCUUACGAAACGUGCAUCUAAAGUGACAAAGUUUGUGUAUAAUCAUACAUUCCUAAUAGCUUGGUUGAGGAAAAGACAGGGUUGGAAAGAAAUUGUACGCCCGGGCGUAACCUGUUUUGCUACAACUUUCAUUGUAUUAAGAAACCUUAAUGAGCACAAACAUGACUUGCAAGCUAUGGUGACAAAUAGAUUUUUUGUGGAUUCUCGAUAUGCAAAAAGUAAUAAAGGCAAAGAUGUUAUUUCCAUAAUCCUAAAUAACGAAUUCUGGGAUGAUAUGGGUAUGGUUUCCAAAGUCGUGGGUCCAUUGAUGCGUUUGUUGCAGAUUGUAGGCUCAUAUGAGAGGCCUGCAAUAGGAUAUGUGUAUGAUGACAUGUAUAAAAUGAGAUUGGGGAUCAAGAAGUUGUUUAAGAAUAAGAUGAAAUUGUACAAACCUUAUACAAGAAUGAUUAAGCUGCACUGGGAUAGGAUGUUGCGUUGUGAUAUUCAUGCUGCAGCUUAUUAUUUGAAUCCAACUUUUCAAUAUAACCGUGCAUCUUUUAGUACCAAACCAGAGGUCAUGCGUGGUCUCCUUGAUAUUAUUGAGAGUAAAGCAAGUGUGCUCAAUGUGAGUAAGUCAACAUUAGUGAAGGAGAGUAGAAUAUUUCAAGAUCGUGAGAAAUGCUUUUCUCGUGAGCUUGCUAUUGAAACCUGCAAAACCACACGACCUGAUGAACGGUGGAGAACAUUUGGGUAUAGUACUCCAAAUUUGCAGAAGCUUGCGAUAAAAAUUGUAAGCCAAACUUCAACCUGUUCGGGAUAUGAGCGAAAUUGGAGUGUUUUUGAACGCAUACAUUCUAAAAAGAGGAAUAGAUUGGAAUAUCAACGGUUGAAUGAUCUUGUUUUUUUUCAUUAUAAUUUGCGUUUGCAAGACAGGAGGUGUUGCAAGAAAAUGAGUUUUGAUCCUAUUGAUUAUGAAAGUAUCGAUAAAACUGAAGCUUGGAUAGUUGACGAUGAAGAGAAGGUUGGUGAACUUAAUUAUGAUGAAUUGGAGCAAACAUUAUAUGGAGAAGGAUCUAUUCCUGUUAAUGUUGGUGAUCACUCUUCUUAUUAUGAUUCAACAGAUGUUUCACAAGAUUGUUUUCAAAAUUUUAAAUAA